AUUUUCACAUUUCAAAUGAUUGAUUCAUCGAUGGCUUCACUAUUCAAAUCGAUGAUCGUACGGAUCCUAAUUUGCUUAGAAAUCUCUCUGUUUUUGACAUCGACCAUGGCCGAUUUUAGUGAAGGCUUUGGUAGAGGAUCAACAAAACGCUUCUGUGGACGAAUGUUGACUGAAUCACUGGCGUUAAUAUGUAACAACGAAUACGAAACGAUAAUUCAUCCGAGUAAACGAUCAGAUGAAACGUUCGAUGAGUAUGCAUACAAUGAUCAGCCAGCUCCGUUAAUCGAUGAUUUGCCUCUUCAGUAUCAGACAUAUGCUUAUCUGUCGAAAUUAGUACCAGAUUCGCCAGCAUUGCGACCCCGUGUGCGACGUGAUUGGGUUGCUCGUCGUGGUGUCUAUGAUGAAUGCUGUCGCAAACCGUGCUCAGUUUCCGAGUUGAAAAAUUACUGCAAACGGAAAAAUUAAACACAUUCGUACAUACAAACACACACAUACAUACACACACCCACACACACACACACCCACAUACAUCACUUACUUCCUUUCACUCAUUUUUUUGUAUGAAUUCCAAAUCAGAGAUUUAUUUUAACUUUAUCGAUAUAAACAACAAAAAAUGAAACCGUUUCAAGGUAUAUACUCGUAAAUCGCAUACAAAAAAAAAAAAUUGUCAAAAAAAAAGAAACAACCAAUUAUAGGAAACAUAAAUGUGUGAAUCAAAUUAUAAGCCAUAUAAAAUGAUAUAUUGACGGAAUCAAAAACACUCUGUACGCAUUUAUAGUAAUCAUGCGACGCAACAACAAAAUUGUGCUAACCAAUAAUAAACAUUUAAUAUGCUAUUCUAGCAAACUAAAACCCAAAAAAACAUUUCUUGCCAUUUCUUUGCCAUUUAUUUAAAACAAAAACCACGACAAAAAAAAAUCCACAUUUAACCUAAACCAAUGUAUACGUAUGUUAUAGCUUUUAUAUUAUUUUACUUUAGUGGAGAGAAGAUGUUUGAUAGCGUGAUGGGAAAGAGAAAGGGAGAGCCAAUUGUAUUCUAUAUGUGUCUUUCAAUGUAAAAUUACACAUACACAUACACACACAAACCAACAAAAACACACACACACACACUCACACCUUUUAAGUUAACUUUUUUGUUUCUUUUAGACAAUUUGCACACCUUUCUUUCUAGAAUGAGAAUGAGAGCGAUGUGAGAUGAAAUGGAUUUAGAAAAAGGAAACAAUGCUCAGAAAAUAAUCAAAUAUUUAAAAAAAAACAACGAAAAACGAAACAUACAGAAACGAUGCAGAUUGCAGAUUCAAAACGUGAUAAACUAACUAACAUAUAUAACUUGAUUAAAAUGCCUAUCUAGUGCACAUACAUAUGUAUGUUUCAGACUUCUUUUUUUGGUGAUAACAUAUUUAGUAGUAUUUCUCGUUCAAUUUCAAGAUCUACAAUCCUUGAUGAAGACAGUAAAAAUUCCCGGCCAUUCAAAAAUUGAGUUGAAAUUUGAGCAAAAUUGUGAAUUUUACCAUUGAAGAUUCUGGGGCAACACUCUUUAAGCGGCUCCUAGAGUAUCAACUAGCAACGAUCCCAUGAAUACCAAUCAUCAUCAUUUCAACCCAACUAACAAACCCAGACAGAAUUGAGAAAAAUAUUUCUGAAACACACAUAUGUUAGCUGAUAAACCGUAUACAAAAUUUGGAAAGCAUUUCAGGAAAUAAUCUGAAUGUUGGAAUUUAAAGUGUUACAAAACACAAAAACAAUCGGAUAAUUGCCUUAACGCCAAAUUAAACUAGAAAAAGUCACACACACACAAAUUCGCAGAAGAACGUUAGUAUUUUUUUUACUUCACUGUUUGUUUCCAUUAGUGUGAUUUAAAAAAUCGUAUCCAUCGCACGGUUUUCAUUUCGUUCAAAUUCAAAUUGAUUGCUUGUUUAAUAUUUUUUUUUUUUUGUAAUUUUCAAUUCAAUUCUCAUUUGAUUGUAUUUGAUUCGAUGUUAAUUUUUUUUUACUAAUUGAUGAUUGAAGGGAGAAUCUCAUUGCUUAUAAUUUUAAUACCACCAAUUUUUUUUUUAUUCUAUUGUUUUAUUUUUUUUCUCGUAAGUUUUAAAUAAUUGUAAUUGUAGAAAAGAAUGAAGGCAAAGAAAGAAAAAAUAGAUGAAAAAGAUUCAACAACAACAAUCGGCACGAGUCAUCGUGCGACAUAGAACAAACAAAAGAAAAAUGCCUUUUUUUUAUUUAGUCGAAGACGUGCAAAACCCAAAAUACAACACUUAGAUAUUCUUCUAUAUAAAAAAAAAAAACGAAAUCUAUUCAAUUGCUAUUAUUACUAAAUUUUUAAUUAUGAUUAUGUAUUAAAAAUUAUUUAAAGUAAAACACACAGAAAACAGAAACCGAACUUUGUUAUUUAUUCUUAUUUUGGCCAUUAGUUUCAUUCAGUUUUGUUCGUUCAGUACACGGGGUAAUAGUAUAGAAUGCGAUAAGCGCGCAAGGAAUUAAAGAAGUAAAAAAAAAUAAACCGAGUGUUGCAAGUGAGAGCGAGGGAGGGAGAGAAGGAGAUGGAGACCAAGUGAAAUCCAGAUACAUUGUUCAAUUUGGUGCAUUAAUCAUUCAUGUUCCUCGGCAAACUUUGGGAUAAUCCAAUAAACUCUCGCGCUGCAAUACCACUUACAUUCAAUGCAGUGUAACUCACAAUUUCUGCUCCUGCCCACAUACAUCUCGUGCACACUGAAAUAUUUCAUCAAAUACCUAUCUCAACUAUAGAAUUGUGUAUAUUCUAUAUAUGCAAUAUUUAACCGAAAAUAAACUUAAUGGUAUUUGCUAAA